UCAACCCGCCUUGUCAAUAAAGUUGCUCUUUUCAAAAUCAGCCAAGAUGGCGGAGUACGACCUGACGACCAAGAUAGCACAUUUUCUCGACCGGCAUCUGGUUUUCCCCCUUUUGGAAUUCCUUUCCGUGAAAGAGAUCUACAAUGAGAAGGAGCUCCUUCAAGGGAAGCUGGAUCUUCUCAGCGACACCAACAUGGUGGACUUCGCCAUGGACGUGUACACAAAGCUGUAUCCUGACAAGGAGAUCCCACAUUCCUUGAAGGAGAAGAGGAUCACCGUGGUGGGGCAGCUGAAGCAGCUCCAGUUGGAGAUACAACCCAUUGUCGUGAUGUUUGAGGACCCGGAGACAACACGGCAGAUGCAGUCCACCAGAGACGGCAGGACGCUCUUCGAAUACCUGGCCGAGAAACACAACUUCCGCCAAGAGUACCUGGACACCCUGUACAGGUACGCCAAGUUCCAGUACGAGUGUGGAAACUACUCUGGUGCAGCGGAAUACCUCUACUUUUUCCGUGUGCUGGUUCCGUCCACGGACCGGAAUGCUUUAAACUCUCUGUGGGGCAAACUGGCCUCUGAGAUUCUCAUGCAGAACUGGGACGCCGCCAUGGAGGAUCUCACGCGACUAAGAGAGACCAUUGAUAACAACUCGGUGAGCUCUCCUCUUCAGUCACUCCAGCAGAGAACCUGGCUCAUCCACUGGUCCCUCUUUGUUUUCUUCAACCACCCCAAAGGCCGAGACAGCAUCAUCGAGCUCUUCCUCUACCAGCCCCAGUACCUGAACGCCAUCCAGACCAUGUGCCCACACAUCCUGCGGUAUCUCACCACCGCCGUCAUCACCAACAAAGACGUGCGCAAGCGCAGACAGGUGCUGAAGGACUUGGUGAAGGUCAUUCAGCAGGAGUCGUACACGUACAAGGACCCCAUCACGGAGUUUGUGGAGUGUCUCUACGUCAACUUCGACUUUGACAGCGCCCAGAAGAAGCUGCGGGAGUGCGAGUCGGUGCUGGUGAACGACUUCUUCCUGGUGGCGUGCCUGGAGGACUUCAUCGAGAACGCCCGCCUCUUCAUCUUCGAGACCUUCUGUCGCAUUCAUCAGUGCAUCAGCAUCAGCAUGCUGGCCGACAAGCUGAACAUGACGCCCGAGGAGGCCGAGCGGUGGAUCGUCAACCUCAUCCGCAACGCCAGGCUGGACGCCAAGAUCGACUCCAAGCUGGGUCAUGUGGUGAUGGGCAACAACGCCGUGUCGCCGUACCAGCAGGUCAUCGAGAAGACAAAGAGCUUGUCCUUCCGCAGCCAGAUGCUGGUCAUGAACAUUGAGAAGAAGGUGGCUCACAGCAACAGGAACGAGACCCCAAACUGGGCCGCUCAAGACUCCGGCUUCUACUGAAAAGAAAAAGACAAGUGGCUUCCCGCCAGCGUCAUUCCUCCGCUCCAACAGGCUGCUUGAGUCUCUCUCAGAUAUGUCCCGUUUAUUAUUAUUCCCCCUUUGGAACCAUGUGGGAGUUUCCACGUCAAAUGUUACUUUAUCCCCCACAUAUUCUGAAAGUAGCAUACACACACACACACACAUGUCAAAUCAUUAUUAAAAACAUGCCUCUUUGGAAAA